AUGUCAACUGCAUUAUCCCAAAUAAAAUAAAGUCUCCAAAAAGCUUACCAUAAAUUUAUACAAACAAACUACAAUGUAUAUAUGCCGGGUCGUGAACAUUUACAUAAAGAACGAAAAUAUAUCCAUAUUGAAAUCCAAAAAAAAUUUCAAGACAUAGAAAGUGAAAGAAAGCAAUAACGUUUAGCCUUAAUUGAAUACAAGAAAAAGACUAAAAAAAGAUAUAUCGAAUAAUAACUUGCAUAUAUAGAUUAAUAGAAAAAAAUAGGUAAAGAUAAUCUAUAUUUAAGUACAGAUUCUUAGACUUUAAAUAUUGAAAAUGAAGAGGAAAAAGAAAAUUUAAUGAAAUAAUUAUAAAAAAUAAACGAGGAAUUAUAAUAAAUAUAACAAACGAAAAAUGAAUUAAGUUAAAUAGAUUAAAAAAUAGAAGAAUUAGAACCUGAUUAUGUAUUAAUUACAGGCAUUAAAAAAUCCAUAGUAAUAAAUUAACUGACUUAUUAUGAAUAUAUGUCAAGGACUUUACAUGGGUUUGUUAUGCAUCCUGAAACUCAAAAGGCUAUUGAAAAAGUACACUACGAUAUAGAACAAAAUAUUCCAGUAAGAAGAGAGUUACUAUUUGAAGUUUGUCCAGAACUUUUUGAAGCUGAAAUUGACUAAUUAGAUAAAAUAAGCAAAGAUAGAAUUCUUUCUAGAAGACCAAGAUUAGAUACAGUAAUAUAUAUUUUUAAAUAUUUUAAUUUAUAUAAAUUUAAGAAUGAAUCUUCUGUUAUUAGAGUUAUAGAAAAAUAUAAUAAAUAUGGUGAAAAAGAAGAAAAAUUAGAACCUUUAGAAUAAAUUAAAGCUGAUGAAUAUGAAAUGAGAGAUUUUGUGUAUAAUAAAUGUGGGGAAUUCAUGUUAAAAUAUAUAGAUCAUUUAGCAGAAAAAAGAGCUGCUGGGUAUGCUACUAUUGCUUUAAUUUUAUAAAAUAUAGAAUUAAAAGAUGAAAAUAAAUUAACUACUAUUGAAAAAUAAUUAAAGGAAGAUUUACUAAAAUUGAAAUAAAUUUAAUAAGAUUUUGAUGAUUUUUGCGAAUUAUGUAAAGAAAGAGCUAUUUAAGAAUAAAAGAAAUUAUUUGUUCCUGAAUUUGUGAAACAAAAUAAAAUAUUGGAGUAAGCUUGGAUUGAAAAAUGGGAACUUUUAGUUGGAAAUUCUUAUGAGUUUUCUGAUAGUAUCCUUGUCCCAGAAGUAGAAUACGAAGACUAAUUUGAUAAAGUUUUAAAAUAAUAAAGAAAAUAUGAUAUUUAGGAAUUAAUUAAUUAAUCUAAUGAAGAAUAAAAAAGAUUAAUUGGGGGCGAUGAACCUAUUAGAUAAAGAGAUCGUAACCUAAAAGAUACUAGUUUAUUGUAAAAAUUAAGUGUAUUAACUGAUGUAAUGCAUUAAUUACCUGAAUAAGAUAGAAAGAAAUUAGUUUCUACAUUUUAAGGUUAAAUUGGGGGAAAGCAAAGUCCAGAAGAAAAAAAAAUUUUACUUACCGAAAUGACUAAAGUAUUGUUUUAAAUAAUUAAAACCCAAAGAAAUUUAAUGUUGAUUUUUGGGCUACUCAUUUCAAUAUAGAACCUUAAAAACUUAGAAAUAUUUUUAAUUAUAUAUCAUAUGCGAUUCCUGACGCUAUUAAUUAGAAAGAAACUGGAAAAGUUUAUCGUU